AUGAAAUUUGGACUUGCAACUAUUUCACAUAUUUUAGUUUUAGUUGUUGAGUGUGGAAUGAUUCUUGUUUUAUUGUCAUUCUUUUUGCCAAUGGUAGCAACACGAGAUAUUGAUGAAAGUGAUCAUACUGUUAGAAAUCAAGCCUUCUUUGCUAAUCUUCCACAUUUUUCAUCUAAAUAUGGUUGUUAUCUUACAGUUACCAUAUUCACUUCAUUUAGUCUUAUUUUUACAGUGUCUUAUCUUUUAAUUGAAUUAUAUGGUUUCUUCAAUCCAGAAGAUGCCCAAACAGGUGUAGUAAAGAAUUUAAGUUAUUACUAUGAUAAACUUACUUCUUUCUUCUCUUUCUUACCAAUGUUAUCUGACUCUUUACUCUCAUUAAUUCAUGGAGUUUUCUUCUCAAGUAUUAUUGGUGUAUUUAAUAUCUUUUCUUUAAUUAUUCUUAUUGUUGCUGUUUCUGGAUCUGGAUUUGAUGACGCUAAUAAUUUGCAUGUAGUUUCUAAAUCACUGUGCAGUGGAUUUUUCAUUUAUCUCAUUGGUAGUAUUCUUAUUGUUGGAGGAAUUAUUGGAAGCACUUUAGCUCGUUUCUUUUCAGGAAGAAUUGAAGAAAGCCAAAUCCAAAUAGAGCCAAACCCAGCUUUUGAUGUACCAGCAGAACAAUAA